AUGGUGGCAAUCCAGGCCCUCGAACCGCAAACCUGCAUCUACUACAACCUCUCCUUCAUCAAUCUCGGCUUGUUUCACUGCACGGCGGGCCCUGCUAGUCGUCUCACUCUAGGUUCCCUACCUGCGGAGUAUGGAGUUCUGGCGACCUGGACCAGGCGAGUGGACAUGGAAGAUCUCCUACAUGAUCGUGGCGACCGGAAGAAGGAGCGUGAAGACAUGAGAAGAGAGCGCGAUGUUCUGUUACUUUACGGUGCAGCUUUUCGCAACAUUCCCCAUAUCACCGAUACGGGAAAGCAUGUGCCACGGCCAUCCCCAGACUCGACGCUGACUGCGCUUUGUCAACUGACGGCCAUUCGACUAGGUGCAGAACGAGCCAUGAUCUCCCUUCUUGACGAACAUCGACAGCAUAUCCUUGCGGAGGCUACAUGCCAUUCCGACUUAUCAGCCCGACCCCAAGCGAGUGAAGAUGCAUCCAACAUGCUCUGGCUGGGCAAUGUGAGUAUUCCAAGGAACUGGGGACUAUGCGAAAAUCUCCUGGCGUUGGACCGCAAAGAGGACCCCAUCAUCAUCAUCCCUGAUUUAUCCCAAGACUCCUAUCCAUAUUUUCGAGACGACGUACGAAGCAAAUGCGACAUGCGUUUCUUCGCGAGUGUCGGUCUGCUCAGUCCCAAUGGAACCAUCGUAGGGUCACUCUGCGUUUUUGACUACAAGCCACGGAACGAUUUAUCACGGGCUGAGGGCAGCCUUCUCAGACGACUGGCAACAACUGUUAUCGAGUAUCUUGAUACGUAUACUAUCAAAGACCAAUACAAACGAGGCGAACGCUUCACACGUGGCUUGGUAUCCUUCGCUGACGGAGCGUCUGGUCUUCUGCCUUUCGAGAACAAGCACCGCCGUGGAUUAUCAAGUACAAUAUCCCCAGUUCGGACUGCGCCCCAGGGUUCUUCGCAAGCGCCGAACAGUAACAAUCAAGAGCUAAACUCUAGUGGCUAUGUCGCUAGCUCAGGUGUUACGACUGUGCAAGGGGCGUUCUCUGGUUUUGGCACUACUGCUCCUGUUCAGUCUGCACCGGAUGCUCACAAACCAGGACAUACAGAAUCCAGUCGCCACCGCUCUAUCUCCAAACUCCAGAAUACUAUUCUGCCAACAGAUUCCAGAUCCAUGUUCACGCGCGCCGCUAAUCUCAUAAUGGCAUCUAGUCAUCUUGACGGGGUCCUCAUUCUUGAUGCUUCAGUCGCAGCAAAUGGUCAGCGACGUGCCCACAAUGGUCCAGAAAGUGGUCCUGAUGCACCUUACGACUCAUAUUAUUCGAGGUCCUCAUCUAGUGAGGCAAGCUCAACUUGCAGCGGUCCCACACAGCGGCGUACAUCAUUUUCGACUUCGAAAUCAUGCCAGGUACUCGGCGUUGCUACCCGGGAAUAUGAUGCCAAUACAGGUUACGGAACGCUUGUAGAACAUGACUUAGGCCGCUUGUUUUACGAGUGUCCCAAUGGGAGGAUCUUCACCUUUAGCGCAGGUGGGCAAAGUUUGUCGUCGACGGAAGAGGGCUCUGGGUCACCAAGUGCGCCAAACGAGGGUCUGCAACUAGGGGCAAUUCACAAGCGCAGGAACAAUGGUCGGCCACAGAGAGGGUCUAGUGCUAUACAGGCGAUGUUUCCAGGUGCUCGAAGCGUUGCCUUUAUACCCUUCUGGGACUAUGAGCGGUCGAGAUGGUUUGCUGGAUGUCUUUGCUGGACCAAUAACCCCUAUCGAUUGCUUUCGGCAUCUGUAGAUCUCGCCUACUUCAAGAUAUUCAGUCACUCUAUCAUGAGGGAGCUUUCGCGCUUGGACGCUGUUUCACUGAACGAGGCCAAGACGUCAUUUGUUGCGUCCAUUUCCCACGAAUUGCGUUCUCCCUUGCAUGGUAUACUCGGCACGUUAGAAUUCAUCAAGGACACUCCACUUGAUUCCUUCCAGACCAGCAUGAUGAACUCGCUCAGCGCAUGCGGUACGACCCUUCUGGACACGAUCAAUCACGUCAUGGACUAUUCCAAGAUCAGCGAAUCAAGGCACAGGGUCUCUUCUAGGCGACUGAAGAAUGCAAAUACAAUCCGCUUGUCUUCAAAACCGCUGAAGAGCCGUCGAAGCAAAGAUGCCGCUUUUGACUUUGGGAUCGCCACAGAAGAGGUUGUGGAAGCAGUGUUCAGCGGCUCUUCAUACCUCCCCGUGUCAUCAAGGCUUACGGACGAACCGCAGUCACCCGCAGAUGAAUUCCCUAAUCCAUAUUUGAAGAGAAAACAUUGUUUCAUAAUCCUGGAUGUGUCAUUUGAAGAAGACUGGGUAUACUGCUUCUCUGUCGGAUCAUGGAGAAGGAUUGUCAUGAACCUCUUUGGAAAUGCGAUCAAAUACACUGGAUCAGGAUUCAUUGAAGUUUCCUUACGAACGGCCGGCCCACUACAAAACACAAAUGCUCCCACUGCAAUGACGCUAACUGUCACUGACUCCGGCUCCGGCAUGAGUCCUAUGUUUUUGGCCAACCACGCCUUUCAACCCUUCUCUCAGGAGAACAGCCAUGCCCCAGGGACUGGGCUUGGUCUCAACAUCGUUCGGAAGAUCAUUGAUUCUAGCGGCGGAAAAAUCGAGAUACAGAGUGAUCCUGCAAAAGGAACACAGCUCAAGAUAAAGUUGGCGUUGACAAAGCCGGAUAUAGAGAAUAAAUGCACGCCCGAGCGUAUGCAAUACCUAUUAUACCUCCCAAGAAUGAAAGGCCGCCGCAUUUGCAUUCUGAAUAAGAUCAUACAAACUACUUCGAAUGGUCAGGCAAUGUCGCAACCAGAGGAAGGCCUCCUUCGCUUCAUUACUGCGCUUGCUUCGACUCUCCAAAAUCAUCUGAAGAUGGAGGUAAUACAGACAACCGAGUGGCAAGGGAAUGAUGCCGACAUCGUCAUCUGUCCAGAGCUUUCUUUUGAAUACUUAUCUGCUAUCCGGCGCCAGCGAGCUGACACACAGAGAACUCCUGUAACCAUAUUCAUUGCGAUGGAUGCACUGGAAGCAGCAACAUUACGUUCUGACGUGCGCGUAACUAGUCGAGAAUCCGUCGUGGAGAUUAUGACCCAGCCGUGUGGCCCGUACAAGCUGGCUUUCGUGCUCAACCAAUGUCUCGAUCGCUUCGGACGUUCGGAAGAAAACAUCGAACACAACUCUUCCACAGACCUCUCACCUGAACGUAGUAUGCUGGACGUACGGAAACAAGAAGAUCCAUCCAGCAUCCUAGAGUCCCUUCACAUUGCUGAAUCUGUCGGUCAUACACCACCCACACCCCCGCUGUCGGCGCGGACAUUGUCUACAACUGGCUCGAACACUGCUGACCUGGUUUCUAAACUUCUAAAUGAGGAAGACGUCCAGGCUUCUCACAUACUUAUAACCGACGACAACUCUCUGAACCGAAAGCUUCUAGUCGCUUUCAUGAGAAAGAAUGGAUUGCAGUAUCAAGAGGCCGCGAAUGGUCUGGAAGCCUUACUGGCAUACCAAACAUGUUGUCGCAAGUUCGAUGUCAUCUUAAUGGACAUGUCCAUGCCGGUCAUGGAUGGUAUGAGCGCCACACGUGCGAUCCGCGAGUUUGAACACGAACGCAACUUGCCACGAUGCUCCAUCAUCGCACUCACAGGUCUCGCCUCUGCAAGCGCCAAACUGGAGGCUUGGAGCUCUGGCAUUGACCACUUCAUGACGAAACCCAUCAACUUCAAAGCCCUGGCAGAACUUCUCAGGGAAGAAGAGAUGACAAGACAUAAACGAAAAAGACACGCAGGACGACGAGGUGUGGGUACCAUUCAAGAAUGCUCAGAUCUGAAUGUUGAGGAUGAUAUCACUCCCGGGAUUGCCUGA